UAUUGCUAUGAGAGAAGACAGAGGGAGAGAGACCAUAUAUGUAAAGAAUAUAGCAUAUGAGUAUUUGAGAGACGGCGGAUGCAUGUGUCUGUGUGAGACAUAGAGAGGAGUGAGAGAAGGUAUAUCCUCUGGCCCUUGGAGAGUGAGCGUGAGGCUGAAUGGGAGCCAGAAAAAGGGGAAGGGCCUCGCGUCAGCCAACAAAAACAGCUGCCUGAGACUACGCAGGAAAACAGUGUCUGGUAGAGUAUAGGGAGAGGUGGACAGGGAGAGAGAGGACAGGAGAGAGAGAGAGAGCGCCAGGGCUCACAUCUCUAUAUGGGUUGCGUCCUGACUGCGGAGCCUUGCUGUGGGGAGGAAGCAGAGCCUGUGCCCGUGGUGAGAGGGUCACUGACGCGCCGAGGUCCAGAGAGGUCCAACAGCGGCAGGAUGAGGCUGACUAAGACAGGGAAGGGGGAGCCCCAUGUCUUCAAGGAGAAAACCUUUAAGAAGAACCGUCAGUGUGGGGUGUGUCGUCAGAGUGUGGACAACACGGGGUCCUUUUGCCGAGUGUGUAAAACAGCCGCUCACAAGAAAUGCGAGGCAAAGGUGACCACAGCUUGCAUCCCAGCUCUCCCGUCUGAUCUGCAGGGCAAAGGAACUGCUCCAUCCCGACACAUCCAACAUCUGGGCUCCACAAGGUCUUUGACUUACAACAAACAGAGGAACACCCUCUCCAGGAGUAUCAGUGUGGACCGUGUGAUGGAGAGAGUCAUGGAGCGUCAUUAUGACUUUGACCUGACCUACAUCACUGAGAGGAUCAUCUCCGUGUUCUUCCCCCCUCUGCUGGACGAGCAGCGCUACCGUCUCAACCUCAAGGAGGUGACUGCCAUGCUCAGGUCCAAGCACCAGGACAAGUUCCUGCUCUUCAACCUCUCUGAACGACACCAUGACAUCACCCGCAUGAAUCCAAAGGUCCUUGACUUCGGCUGGCCUGACUUCCAUGCCCCUCCCCUGGACAAGAUCUGUGCCAUGUGUAAGGCCAUGGAGACGUGGCUGACCUCCGACCCCCAGCAUGUGGUGGUCCUGCACUGCAAGGGCAACAAGGGCAAAACAGGAGUGAUUAUUGCAGCCUACAUGCACUACAGCAAGAUCUCUGCAGGGGCAGACCAGGCCCUCAGCACCCUGGCCAUGAGGAAGUUCUGCGAGGAUAAGGUAUCUUCCUCCCUCCAACCGUCCCAAAACAGGUAUAUCUACUACUUUGGGGGGCUCCUCUCUGGGGCGAUCAAGAUGAACAGCAGUCUGCUACUCCUUCACCAGGUCCUCAUCCCCACGCUUCCUAACUUCCAGGGCAAAGGAGGUUACUUCCCCUUCCUGAAGAUCUACCAGUCCAUGCAGCUGGUCUAUACAUCAGGGAUAUAUGACUUGAAGGGUUCUGUGGGCAGAAGACUGUGUGUGACCAUUGAACCUGCACUGCUGCUGAAGGGAGACAUCAUGGUGAAGUGUUACCACAGACGGGCACAGGGUGCAGAGAGGGACACAGUGUUCAGACUGCAGUUCCACACCUGCACCAUCCACGGGGCCCAGCUAUGGUUUGGCAAGGGGGAGUUGGAUGAGGCCUGUACUGAUGAACGAUUUCCCUCGGAUGCCACGGUGGAGUUUGUCUUCUCCUCGGGACCAGAGAAAAUGAAAGGGCGUGAGUACCAGAGAAAUGACCCUGCUGUCACAGUGGACUACAACACAGCUGAUCCAGUGGUGCGCUGGGACUCCUAUGAGAACUUCAACCAGCGCUAUCAAGACAGCCUCGAUGACAUAGCCCACACCAGGGGUCCAGUGGACGGAAGUCUGUACGCCCAGAUAAAGAAGCGUCUCUCAGCCCCAGGCUCUGGCUCCCUGACCUCUACCAAUGGCAGUCCAGCAGGCACCAGCGAGGAGAGGCCCAGUCAGAGCCAGCUGCUCUCUCCCAGCUCUGACUCUCUCACUCACUCCGGCCACUCGUCUGCCCUCCCAGAGCAUCCAGAGGAGUCCAGAGGGCUCCCGCCACCCACCCGGCAGGAGAGAGAGGACCUGGACCGACUGCUGGGGGGCAUCGAGGGGGAGGGGGACGGCCUGGACAGAGAGAGGGAGACUGCCAUCCUGGACGAUGGGGACUUGUCGUCUGAGCAUACAGGCACCCUGAGGCUCGACCGCUCCUGUUCUUGCCGGGUGGGCUACCAUUCCCAGCGCUGUGCCGAGCCCGGCUGUGACCGACUCCACCUCAUGUCCAGUGGCUACUGCCGGGACAGAGCUCCGGGCACCAACGGCCACCCUGGGUCACCGCCCUUGACUAACCCUGCCACCGUCCCCUCACACAUGGACCUGUGUCAGCACUACAGCCCACACCCUCAACCCCAUCAGGCCCUGCCUCCCCCUGACCUGGUAUGGAACCGCCAACAGGGCCCUCCACACUACCUGCACCGUGAGGGACCCUCUCGUCACCCCUCUCUGUGCCCCUAUCCAUCCCAAGACCUGACCUCUCACCCCCACAUCCUUCAUCCCGGGCGCCUGCUCUGUAGAAGUGAUGACUAUGGUCCGUACCACCACCCUCCCUCACACACACACCAUCACCCUCACCACCCCAAGUCCUCCGGGUCCUACCAAGAUAUGCUGCUGCUGGAUGGCAUGCCGCCCCCUGGCUGCCCCUGCCGGGACUGCCUCAUCAGGAGGGAGGAUUCAGCCUUCCACGGCUUGCGGCUGGAGCGAGGAGAGAGCUUCCACUGGGACAGAGAGGCAGAACUGCAGCAUCGGGAAGCAGGGCUAAGGAGAGUAAGGGAGUCUGAGCUGCCUAGAGGGGCAGAGAUGCACUGGGAGAGGGAGGCAGGGGGACUGAGAAGAGGCAGGGAGAUGUCACUGCACUGGGAGAGAGACAGGGAGGCAGAGCUCCAAUGGGAGAGGGAGAGAAAGUCCGACUAUUGGCACCGGAGGGCCUACAGGCUUCAGGACCACGAGCUACCUGCCUUCUCCUUUGACCCUCUGCCGUCCGGCCACCCUGCGUACCCAGAGGCGUCUCGCUCCCACGGCCACGCCCACCUGAAGUACAGCAGCAGCAGCAGCAGUGGCUACCAGACCCCGCACCAGGUCUGCCUCUGCUCCCACUACCAGCCCUCCCCCUCUGAGAGCAGGGGUUAUGCCUCAGGUUACCAGUCUGAGUCCACCUCCCCUCUGCCCCCUCCCUCCACCCUGUCAGGCCCCUGCAGCCACACCAGAGGGCCAGCAGACCACCACCCCGAAGCCCACACUCAGCAGUACCCAUCUGAGAGCCAGACAGAUGGAAGGGGGAUGAGUGAGAACGUGAGUUGGCGGGACCACAUCUCCCAGGGUUCCUUCAAGAGGAUGCAUCCUUCAAGAGAUGUCCCGUGUUCCACGCCCUCUGACCUCUCUAGGCCGCCCACCCCUGUUCUCACCAGCAGCCCUCUGUGCACACAAGAAAGCCUCAGUCUAGGUGUGCACUCACUAGUUGGAUCGACUGACAUAGUCAACAGUGACUGUGAGUCUGUCCAGUCUCAGGAUAGGCCCAGCAGUGCUGCUGCUCAGGGGUCGCAGGUCAACCAGCAACACAUCCCUGACCCUUUACAGUCUACAUCCGUGACACCCACACCUUCCCCCACCCAACCCAACAGCCGCUGGACCACACUGACAGCAACACAACCACCCUCACCCUACCAGCCCCAGAACCACAGCGCUACAUCUUCACCCUACCAGCCCCAGAACCACAGCGCUACAUCUUCACCCUACCAGCCCCAGAACCACAGUGCUACACAUUCACCCCACCAGCCCCAGAACCACAGUGCUACAUAUUCACCCCACCAGCCCCAGAACCACAGUGCUACAUCUUCACCCCACCAGCCCCAGAACCACAGUGCUACAUCUUCACCCCACCAGCCCCAGAACCACAGUGCUACACCUUCACCCCACCAGCCCCAGAACCACAGUACUACACCUUCACCCCACCAGUCCGAGAACCACAGUGCUACACCUUCACCCCACCAGUCCCAGAACCACAGUGCUACACCUUCACCCCACCAGCCCCAGAACCACAGUGCUACACCUUCACCCCAACAGCCCCAGAACCACAGUGCUACAUAUUCACCCCACCAGCCCCAGAACCACAGUGCUACAUCUUCACCCCACCAGCCCCAGAACCACAGUGCUACAACUUCACCCCACCAGCCCCAGAACCACAGUGCUACACCUUCACCCCACCAGCCCCAGAACCACAGUGCUACAUCUUCACCCCACCAGCCCCAGAACCACAGUGCUACAUCUUCACCCCACCAGCCCCAGAACCACAGUGCUACACCUUCACCCCACCAGUCCCAGAACCACAGUGCUACAUCUUCACCCCACCAGCCCCAGAACCACAGUGCUACACCUUCACCCCACCAGCCCCAGAACCACAGUGCUACAUCUUCACCCCACCAGCCCCAGAACCACAGUGCUACAUCUUCACCCCACCAGCCCCAGAACCACAGUGCUACAUCUUCACCCCACCAGCCCCAGAACCACAGUGCUACAUCUUCACCCCACCAGCCCCAGAACCACAGUGCUACAUCUUCACCCCACCAGCCCCAGAACCACAGUGCUACACCUUCACCCCACCAGCCCCAGAACCACAGUACUACACCUUCACCCCAAGAGCCCCAAAACCACAGUACUACAUCUUCACCCCACCAGCCCCAGAACCACAGUACUACACCUUCACCCCACCAGCCCCAGAACCACAGUACUACACCUUCACCCCAAGAGCCCCAAAACCACAGUACUACACCUUCACCCCACCAGCCCCAGAACUACAUUGCUACAUCUUCACCCUCAACUACAAACAGCCAGCCCAGCAACCACUGCCACCCUGCUACACCCACUCAGACACCCACUGAGAAAGCUAGCCUAACUGGUCCAAAGACCACCCAUCCUACAGAGACUGCUGUACUGCCUCCUGUUGCCCAGCCCCAGUUCCAGUCCCCCAACCCUGUACCUGGAGCAUGUCCACUCAGGAAACUGACCACAGAGGUCCCUAAAUCCAGCUCCACCCUCACCUCGGCCCCUUCCUCCCCCCAGCCUCCCAUCAGCAGUCUGGAGGGGUUCCCCUCCUCAGAGCCUCCUGUGCCUGGCUUCGCCACCCUGGGCCGGAGGUUGAUGCUGGUCACUGAGCCCCCAGGACCACUGCAGCACUACCCUGGCAUGGAGGGCAGCACCAGUGGGCACUCUCCAGCCCCUGAGGUACACACCACCCCCACAUUCCCCAUCUCUGCCACCGGCUGCUAUCCCCCAUCAGUCCCACAUGUGCCAUACUUGAGCUACACUGCUGUCACCAUCCCCCAGUGCCCACACCCAGAGAAACGGGGUCAGUCUGCCCCGCCAGGGUCGCCUAAUUGCGGGGUGAGGACCCUGAGGCCAACCCCCUCACAGCACCAUGUCACCUUCUCUCCAACGGUGGGGGAGAUGGCGCCCCCUGCAGGCCAAGAGGAGGGAGUGCUAUCUCUGGAGAGUGAGAUGGCAGGCAGAGUCAGUGUUACGUUUGUCCAGGACAACUCACGCUUCUGGUACAAGCCUGGCAUCUCCAGGGACCAAGCCAUUGCUGCGCUGAAGGAGAGAGAACCAGGGGCCUUUCUUAUCCGGGACAGCAACUCCUUCCAGGGAGCCUAUGGCCUGGCGCUGAAAGUGGCCACCCCGCCUGCUAACCUCAACAACCCCAGCAGCAGAGUGGUCGAUCCAUUAGAGCAGCUGGUGCGACACUUCCUGAUUGAGACGGGCCCCCGUGGAGUGAAGAUCAAAGGGUGUCAGAAUGAGCCCCACUUUGGGAGUUUGUCUGCGUUAGUAUACCAGCACUCCAUCACUCCCAUCUCUCUUCCCUGUUCCCUACGGAUCCCAGAGAAAGAUCCCAUUGGAGAAAUGCAGGAGCUGCAGUCGACUGCUAGUAACAUGAGCACAGCUUCAGACCUGCUCAAACAGGGUGCAGCCUGUAAUGUGCUUUACCUGAACUCUGUGGAGACUGAGUCACUGACCGGACCCCAGGCCAUCUCCAGAGCAACCGGAGCCACCCUGGCACAGAAUCCCCGGCCAGCGGCCACAGUGGUCCACUUCAAAGUGUCCUCACAGGGCAUCACACUGACCGACAGCCAGCGCAGGGUGUUCUUCAGGAGACACUACCCAGUCAACAGUGUGACCUUCAGCAGCAUCGACCCCCAGGACAGGAGGUGGACUAACUCAGACAGCACAACUUCUAAGGUGUUUGGGUUUGUAGCCAAGAAGCCAGGCAGCAUGGCAGAGAACGUGUGUCAUCUGUUUGCCGAGCUCGACCCGGAGCAGCCUGCCUCAGCCAUCGUCAACUUCAUCAACAAGGUGAUGUUAGGGCCGCAGCGCAGGUAGAGAGACAGAAAAGGACCAAGCCAGGGACCUGUCACCGCAACAACACUGUCACAACUCCUAAAGAGAAUCAGGAGGAUACAGAAAUGCUUUACAGACCCAUAAAGCACCAGUGGUGGUGGCAUCUUUUCAAAGACUGAGUUUUGACCCCAAAGGCUCAACAUUUUAAACAUGACUGCCAUUUUGAAUUAUAAUCUAAAUGUAAUCGUUGUUACUAUUCUAAUGUCUAUAAUGCCGCCAUUGAUAGUUGCCUUCGAGAUACCAAAGCUUUGUUGUCAGUAAUCUAAGGUAUCAAUAAGUAGCCUAGUCUACCAAAGAUCUUGCCUCAACCCUGUCACUCUCCCUUUGACAAUCAUAAGUGUAAGUCAAACACAAUGUAGAAGAUGAUAUAGUCCUACAGCAGGCUACAGUAGACUACAGUAGAUUACAGUAGGCUACAGUAGGCUACAUUAGUCUACAGUAGAUUACAGUAGGCUACAUUAGGCUACCGUAGGCUACAGUAGACUGACUACAUUAGGCUACAGUAGAUUACAGUAGGCUACAGUAGACUGACUACAUUAGGCUACAGUAGAUUACAGUAGGCUACAGUAGACUGACUACAUUAGGCUACAGUAGACUGAGUACAUUAGGCUACAGUAUAUUACAUUAGGCUACAGUAUAUUACAUUAGGCUACAGUAGAUUACAUUAGUCUACAGUAGACUGACUACAUUAGGCUACAGUAGAAUACAGUAGACUACUGUAGGCUACAGUAGACUGACUACAUUAGGCUACAGUAGACUACAGUAGGCUACAGUACACUGACUACAUUAGGCUACAGUAGAUUACAAUAGGCUACAUGUAUAUUACAUUAGGCUACAGUAGACUACAUUAGGCUACAGUGGAUUACAGUAGACAACAGUAGACUGCAGUAGACUGACUACAUUAGGGUACAGAAGGGUAUGUUAGGCUACAGUAGAUUACAGUAGACUGCAGUAGAUUACAGCAGACUGCAGUAGAUUACAGCAGACUACAGUAGGCUGCAUUAGACUGACUACAUUAGGCUACAGUAGACUACAUUAGGCUACAGUAGAUUACAGUAGACUGCAGUAGAUUACAGCAGACUACAGUAGGCUGCAUUAGACUGACUACAUUAGGCUACAGUAGACUACAUUAGGCUACAGUAGAUUACAGUAGACUACAGUAGAUUACAGCAGACUACAGUAGCCUGCAUUAGACUGACUACAUUAGACUACAGUAGACUACAUUAGGCUAUAGUAGAUUACAGUAGGCUGCAGUAGAUUACAGUAGGCUACAGUAGACUACAGUAGGGUAUGGUAUGCUACAGUAGAAAGUAAAAGUGAGAAACGUCUAUUUGUAAUGUGCAAGCGACAAAGUGUAUGUGGUUAGGGUAUCAAUGUGUGUGGAGGCUAGGAGUUAGGGCACAGAUAUGGUAAUGUAUGGAGGCUAGGGGUUAGGGCACAGAUAUGGUAAUGUAUGGAGGCUGGAGGCUAGGGCACAGCUAUGGUAAUGUGGUGGGGGCUAGGGUGCAGAUGUGGUAAUGUAGUGGAGGCUAGGGGUUAGGGUACAGCUAUGGUAAUGUGGUGGAGGCUAAGGGCUAGGGCACAGAUAUGGUAAUGUAUGGAGGCUAGGGGUUAGGGCACAGAUAUGGUAAUGUGGUGGAGGCUAGGUGCUAGGGCACAGAUAUGGUAAUGUGGUGGAGGCUAGGUGCUAGGGCACAGAUAUGGUAAUGUGGUGGAGGCUAGGGGCUAGGGCACAGAUAUGGUAAUGUGUGGAGGCUAGGGGCUAGGGCACAGAUAUGGUAAUGUGGUGGAGGCUAGGGGCUAGGGCACCGAUAUGGUAAUGUAUGUAGGGGCUAAGGUACAGAUAUGGUAAUGUGGUGGAGGCUAGGGGCUAGGGUACAGAUAUGGUAAUGUGGUGGAGGCUAGGGGCUAGGGCACAGAUAUGGUAAUGUAUGUAGGGGCUAAGGUACAGAUAUGGUAAUAUAUGUAGGGGCUAAGGUACAGAUAUAGUAAUGUGAUGGAGGCUAGGGGCUAGGGUACAUAUGGUAAUGUGGUGGAGGCUAGGGGUUAGGUUACAGAUAUGGUAAUGUAUGUGGAGGCUAGGGGUUAGGGUACAGAUAUGGUAAUGUAUGUGGAGGCUAGGGGUUAGGGUACAGAUAUGGUAAUGUAUGUGGAGGCUAGGGGUUAGGGUACAGAUAUGGUAAUGUGAUGGAGGCUAGGGGUUAGGGUACAGAUAUGGUAAUGUGGUGGAGGCUAGGUGCUAGGGCACAGAUAUGGUAAUGUGGUGGAGGCUAGGGGUUAGGGUACAGAUAUGGUAAUGUGUGGAGGCUAGGGGUUAGGGUACAGAUAUGGUAAUGUGUGGAGGCUAGGGGUUAGGGUACAGAUAUAGUAAUGUGUGGAGGCUAGGGGUUAGGGUACAGAUAUAGUAAUGUGUGGAGGCUAGGGGUUAGGGUACAGAUAUAGUAAUGUGUGGAGGCUAGGGAUUAGGGUACAUAUAUAGUAAUGUGUGGAGGCUAGGGGUUAGGGUACAUAUAUGGUAAUGUGAUGGAGGCUAGGGGUUAGGGUACAUAUAUGGUAAUGUGAUGGAGGCUAGGGGUUAGGUUACAGAUAUGGUAAUGUAUGUGGAGGCUAGGCGUUAGGGUACAGAUAUGGUAAUGUAGUGGAGGCUAGGGGUUAGGGUACAGAUAUGGUAAUGUGGUGGAGGCUAGGGGUUAGGGUACAGCUAUGGUAAUGUGGUGGAGGCUAGGGGUUAGGGUACAGAUAUGGUAAUGUGAUGGAGGCUAGGGGUUAGGGUACAGAUAUGGUAAUGUGUGGAGGCUAGGGAUUAGGGUACAUAUAUAGUAAUGUGUGGAGGCCAGGGGUUAGGGUACAUAUAUAGUAAUGUGUGGAGGCUAGGGAUUAGGGUAAUGUGUGGAGGCUAGAGUACAGAUAUGGUAAUAUGUGGAGGCUAGGGGUUAGGGUACAGAUAUGGUAAUGUGUGGAGGCUAGGUUGUUAGGGUACAGAUAUGGUAAUGUGUGGAGGCUAGGGGUUAGGGUACAUAUAUGGUAAUGUGUGGAGGCUAGGGGUUAGGGUACAGAUAUAGUAAUGUGUGGAGGCUAGAGUACAGAUAUUGUAAUAUGUGGAGGCUAGGGGUUAGGGUACAGAUAUAGUAAUGUGUGGAGGCUAGGGGUUAGGGUACAGAUAUAGUAAUGUGUGGAGGCUAGGGGUUAGGGUACAGAUAUAGUAAUGUGUGGAGGCUAGGGGUUAGGGUACAUAUAUGGUAAUGUGUGGAGGCUAGGGGUUAGGGUACAGAUAUAGUAAUGUGUGGAGGCUAGAGUACAGAUAUUGUAAUAUGUGGAGGCUAGGGGUUAGGGUACAGAUAUAGUAAUGUGUGGAGGCUAGGGGUUAGGGUACAUAUAUGGUAAUGUGUGGAGGCUAGGGGUUAGGGUACAGAUAUAGUAAUGUGUGGAGGCUAGAGUACAGAUAUUGUAAUAUGUGGAGGCUAGGGGUUAGGGUACAGAUAUAGUAAUGUGUGGAGGCUAGGGGUUAGGGUACAGAUAUAGUAAUGUGUGGAGGCUAGAGUACAGAUAUUGUAAUAUGUGGAGGCUAGGGGUUAGGGUACAGAUAUAGUAAUGUGUGGAGGCUAGGGGUUAGGGUACAGAUAUAGUAAUGUGUGGAGGCUAGGGGUUAGGGUACAGAUAUAGUAAUGUGUGGAGGCUAGGGGUUAGGGUACAGAUAUAGUAAUGUGUGGAGGCUAGGGGUUAGGGUACAGAUAUAGUAAUGUGUGGAGGCUAGGGGUUAGGGUACAGAUAUAGUAAUGUGUGGAGGCUAGGGGUUAGGGUACAGAUAUAGUAAUGUGUGGAGGCUAGGGGUUAGGGUACAGAUAUAGUAAUAUGUGGAGGCU